CAACAUUUUUUAACCUGCCAAAUUUCAUCACAAAAAUCUGUAAAAAUAAAAAUUCUUCUUCGCAAAGCAAAUCUUCAUUUUUGCCUAGUUAGUCGUAAAUUCUUAUCGUAAGUAAAUCAAUUUUUUUAGUUAAAUAACGCUGCAUUGCUCUCGUUACUUUUUCGUACCGGAGUAGGUUUUUACUACAAUGGAAGAUAAUAGUUCGAGUGAUGAUGAUGUCAAAGACUCUCCUGUGAGCCCUAAAAUGGGAGGAAAGAAGUUUAAAUUCAACGAUGGGAGCUCCCAAGAAAGUUUUAAAGAGGCUGUGGCAUCUUCGAGUAAAGAUGAGAAUGUGGACAGCGGAGUGUCAGCUGAUAAAUCUGAGAGUACCAGUAGCGAUGAUCGGGCCGCUAGGACCUCGGGUGGUCCAUCAAAUGAGGUUAUAAAUGCUGCGCCUUCGAGCAGCAACGUGCGGGCGAUUCUGCUGAACAUACGUCGUCCAAAGCGUGCUAGGAACUACAGAAAGCGUAAAACGCCUGACAGAGACUCCGAUAGUAAUGAGUCAUCUAGGGAUUCAGAUGAUCUGUCCCCCGAAGAGAGCCCCGUAGAAGUGAGCAUGAAUAGGAGAAACAGUAAAGACAAUAACAGCAACUCUGAGCCUGAGAGUGAUGAUUUGCAGAGGUUCAUGGCCUCUUUAUCAGAGGCAUCAGGCACUGGAUCAAGUUCAUCGGACAGUAAUGACACAUCCGGCACUGAUGACAUGGUCCACAUCCAGACUGACGACAGCGAGACAGACGAUGACGAGCCAUGGGGUGAUCGGAAUAAUGCUCAAAACGAAGAAGAAGAAGACCGAGGAACCCCACCAACUGCACUUCUUAAAGCAAGACCUACACAUAAUUAUUUUAUGUUAAGAGAAAUUAUUAACCGGGAGAUGGGGCUGACAUACCCAUGUCGCACGACCCAAUCAGACCUGAAGUUCGAGCAGAAGUUCUAUGGUUCGCUACACGUUGUUUAUAGGAUGGAGAAGCUCCACCAGCUGACUCAACAUAAAGGCUGUGUGAAUUCCAUAAAUUUUCACCCACAAGGCCACCUUCUGGCGUCGGGGUCGGACGACAUGAACGUGGUGGUUUGGGAUUGGGCGCGCAACCGGCCGCUGCAGACGCUGCGCACGGGACACAAGUCCAACGUGUUCCAGAGCAAGUUCCUGCACCUCAACGCACAGAGCCAGCUCAACAUAGUCACCUGCGCUAGGGACGGCCAGGUGCGCCUGGUGCAGUGCCCGCCGAGCGGCGGCGCGGCGGCGCGUCGGCGGCUCGCGGGGCACUCGCGCGCGGCGCACAAGCUGCACGUGUGCGCCGCCGAGCCGCACCUCGUGACGUCGGCCGGCGAGGACGGCAUCGUCAUGCAGUGCGACGUGCGCGCCGAGCACGUGCUGCACGUGUGCGCCGCCGAGCCGCACCUCGUGACGUCGGCCGGCGAGGACGGCAUCGUCAUGCAGUGCGACGUGCGCGCCGAGCACACGCACCACAACAUACACUCACACAAGCUGCACGUGUGCGCCGCCGAGCCGCACCUCGUGACGUCGGCCGGCGAGGACGGCAUCGUCAUGCAGUGCGACGUGCGCGCCGAGCACGUGGCCAGGCUCUUCCACGUACGCGAGCGAGGCACGACUGUCCCGUUAUACAGCGUGAGCGGGCACCCGCUGGACGGACAGCGGCUGGUGGUGGCGGGCCGCGACAAGUUCGUGCGCGUGUACGACCGCCGCCGGUCCACGCGCCCGCUCGCGCUCUACUGCCCCAAGCACUUCCACGAGCAGCCGAGCGCCAAGAAGAAGGUGCGCAUGUCGAUGAUGCACCUGACGUGCGCUGUGUACAACCACGACGGCACCGAGAUCCUCGGCUCGUACAACGAUGAAGACGUCUACCUAUUCGACGCCAAGGCCGACGUCUAUGACAAGGACAGCACGAACGAGAUAGACGAGGGCUACACGCACCGCUACAGCGGGCACCGCAACAGCGCCACGUUCAAAGGCGUGGCCUUCUUCGGGCCGAAGAGCGAGUACGUUGUUUCGGGCUCCGACUGCUCCUACAUAUACAUCUGGGAGCGCGAGAGCGAGGCCAUCGUGCAGUGGAUGCAGGGAGACAUACACGGCGUGGUGAACUGCAUAGAAGCCCACCCUAGAUUCCCAGUGCUAGCUACGAGCGGGCUGGACAAAGACGUCAAGAUAUGGAUCCCGAAGAGCGACAGUGAUCCUACCUACAGUGGAAUUGAGAGGGUGGUGAGAGAAAACAGCGCGUCGCAGCACCGCAGUCCCCUGUUCAACGACUUCCUGCCGAGCCUGUACAGCGCGUGGCGCGGCGCCGAGGCGCACCUGUUCACCGACAACUCGCCCGCGCCCUACGGCAACAUCGAGUUCGACGGCAACGCCUGCGUCGCCUUCUGACCGCGCCCGCCGACCACGCCCGCGGGCCGCGUCGUCCGACACGCUUCGUGCGUCAGAACUACGUUUCUAGGAAGCGCGCCACGAGAAACUUUUAUCGAUGCAUUUUGUUUUUACACGACAAAAAUCGUCGAAAAGAUUUUAUCGUGGCGCGCAUCCGAGCCCGUUUGGUCCACAGAAAAUGAUAACCGCACGAAAAUUUUUCAUUUGUUUUUUGUAAUUUUAGUCGGGUUUUAGUUAACUUCUGAAUUAUGCUAAAGUCCGGUCGCCGAGCACGUAGAAUUUCGUCCAAUGACCCCAAGCUACCCAUCCUUAUGGCUCGCGCGUAAUUAUAUUGCUGUCGCGACUGUGCGACGUGCGCCGCAGUGAGUGUGCGAGACGACCAAUCGCAAGACUUGUUGACAUGUAAACGUCGGACACAAACAGGUUAUAGGUACACUGCGCCCAUCACAUAUUACGUUCAUGAAAAUAAUAUGGAUUCUCAUACAACAAGUCAAAGUACUGUAAAAUACUGACGAAACUGACGCGGCGAUGACCAGUGUAGGUAGACUAUACAAAGUAACAUUCAUAACAGUUUCAAUUUCGUUAUUUGCUUCACUUAUUUUUCUUGAACCGAACUACUAUCUUGAAGCGAUCGUGAAUUUGAAUCAUUCUAAGAACUGACGACAGAUGAUGGCAGGACUGACUAACUUUUCUUACAAAACAUAUUUUGUAAAGUUUACACUGCCUAAUGGCCUGCAUACACCACACGAUCUUUAUUACAAUCAAUCUUUCCGCUAUUUUUUAAAUAAAAUAUCGCCUUCGUUUUGAUACAAAAUAAUAAUAAAAAAUAAUUUUGUUUCAAAUAAAAAAGUUUGGUUCCAAGAUUGUAACCCCACCGCCAUAACCUUAGUCAGUCGCAGGUCAUUGACCUUCCAUACGUCGCGUCGCGCUUAUCGCUCACCUUAGACAUAGCAGCACCAACAUUAUAACAUUGAAAUUUGUAACACCGUAAACAAAGAAAGUCUGUAAGGUCAUUGACCCGCAAACUAAAGGUUCAAUAAACUACACUGUCGUCCAAAGGAAAAGUGUCGUGUUAAGAAAUUGAGCUCUUGUCACUAUUUAUUCAGCAAAUGACUGUAUUGUAACACUAUCAGCUCUCUAUUCUAUUUAUUGAAAUGAUACUAAGCUUUUUAUUUCUGAAUGUCAAAUGUAUAUUUGUAAAAUAUACAUUUUUUUCGCGCGUCUCUUUUCCUUAGGACCGCAGAUAAAAUCAUAAUUACAAUUUACCGUUUUAUGAAAGAACUAGCAAUUUUUCAUUAUGUGAUGUCUAGAGUAUGCGUUUUUAGAAUUUGCUAAUAUACAGAAAAAGGGACCAGGCGGCGGCGCUAUGUAACAACCCUGUAUAAUUAUGUACUUCAAAGAACUAAAAUAGUAAGACACGGGUCUUAACGCGACGUUUAUUAAUGAGUUACAUUAUACCUCAAAGAACACGUAAGCGGUCAAUCCCGGGGCGUACGUUUUAGAGUAUUGGACUCAAUUUUCUGUGGGUAUUUUUGUAUCUUUGAUUGACUGUAAUGAUAAGAUUUCGUCAUGUUUCUAACGUAAAGUACAGCACUGAAUUCCUUGAAUUUUUUAAUUUAAAGUUGUCACCCAUAUUGAGUUUGAUAGUCGUUACAAAAAUGUAAUUAGAGUUAAUCUAUUAAUGGGUAUUGGCAAAUUAAUGUAAAUUAACGUCACUGUCGUUUGUUAAGAAUGUUAAUGGUUAGAAUUUUAUGAUGAAACUUUUAAUUGAUGUUGUUAUUGUAUCGUGAUGGCAGUCUAGUUGUUCGUGCUUCACAUCGCAAAAGCACAACCUAGUUCGAAUCCCGCAAGGGGCAAAUGUAUGUGAUAAUUACCAGAAACAUUUCUGGGUUUACCCUCUACACGACUUUGUACGAGCUCUAAGGCACGAUAGAACGAUGUUCCAAACUCGAUUUAAAUAAGUUCAAACCAGCAAUCAAUUGAAUUUUAAAUGUUUAGACCAAUUAGACAAACAAAACAGGCUUAAGUCUACUUUUGAGUGUAUUCAUAUUUGAGUUUAGUUUCAUUAUGCGAGAGAAUAUUGCCACUAUUGUUGGAAUUAAGUACAGUGCUGUAUUUUUACUUUGUUAUGCCGCUAUUUUAGAUAUAGAAGUAUAAUUGCACGUGUAUUUUGUAAUAGAUAUUAAUAUUUAUGGUAACAUUACAUUUAUGUAAAAUAACGUUGUUUUGUUCUCGUGUUGGUAUUAGUGGGAAGAAUUUAAAUAACCAUAAAACGUUAGUAUCUCUAGCGAAUUACGAAUUAUCUGGUGUAAUCGUUAGUUGAUUUGUUAUGAGAGUAAUAUAGAAAAAAAAACCUUCGCAAGCCUGUGAUAUAUAAAUCUGAAAGAUAUUUCGAACUAACAUUUGUGAAUGUGAUUAAAUUAUUAUUUCUUAACAUUAACCUUUUAGUUUUCGGGGCAAUCAAAAUUAGUUUUUUUUUGGUAACUAGCAACCUAUUUACUAUAGUUAAAAGUAGUGCAUUCUGUUUUAGUAUAUGUAAGUAUAUUGCUUUAUGUUUGAUUAUCAUUUUAUUAUAUUAAAUUGUUGUUUCAAUAAAGAUUUUUGCUGUAAAAUAUAUUUAUGUAUACAUAUUAUAAAUAAAUAGUUGGAUUGUGUUCAUUCGCCCUGUAUUUGCAAUACACACUUGUUCUGCGGAUGCCAUUGUUAUUUAAUAGUUGAAAAAUACAGGGUUCGAUGAUUUUGUUUUUUAGAAUAUAAUCGUAACAUCUAACCAGACUUCUUUAUUUUAACUUAUUUAAUCAAGACGAGUAAACAAGUCCUUCCUUAGGAAGAUGUAUUAUUGUUUGCUUUGCAUAAUUGUUUUUAGUUCGUCAAAUAAAACCAGCCGAAACAUGGAAAGUAAAAGCAAUAUUAAAAACAGUAUUGAAAAAAAUAAUAAAUUGUUGCAAACAAACUAUGAAUGGUUAAGAAAAUAAAACAAAUGAAGAAGAGUUUGACAAAAUAAGUCAAUUGAACGCCUAAAAAACAAUACAAAACGGAUUUUAAUUCAAACAAUUUGCAUCGAAGACUAUUCUCCCAUACUAACAAACUGAAGGAUAGUAUCGUAUUAGACAGAAACUGCAAAAUACACAAUAUUUUGAUUUGAACUUAUUCUUUCAGUGCUUCAAGCCUUCUGCAGAGAAAAGUAAAAAUAACUAUUUGUUAAGGAUUUCUUUUAUAGGUACGGAACUCCAAAAAAGCAUUAAUAAUUGUAUAGGACAUUGACAAGUGUUAAAGGUGCUACCAUGUCCUGAUAAGCAAUAGAAAUAAAUACACUGAGUUUUUUGUGUGAUAUCGCGCCCGUUGCAUCGAUUUUAAUUCACACUAAUAAUUUAGUAAAUCGUAAUUGUUUAAAGUAUAAUGAAUUACCUAGUUACACCAAUUUUGUUUUUCAAGAAAACAGUCCCAAAUGCAUAAUGGUUCUACUUUCAUACUAAUAAAUAAAUUUAAUACUUAUAAUAAAAAUACACGUAUCUACCUACUUAACGUGCAACGCAAACGCAUUAGGUUUUUUAAAUUAAAUAUAAUAAACCAAUUUUUAGUUUUUUGAUGUGAUACAUUUUAAAGAUGCUUAACUUUUCUUAACGGCGAUGUCGUGAAUUAGAAUUGAUUAUUUUUAACACACGUCACUCACGAGAGUCACGAGGUGUAAUAAAUAAUAAUACAAGAUCCAAACAUUUCCAAGUUAUUAAAAUCCUUAGUUGUCAAAAAAGGCAGAUUUUUAGAGACAUCAUUUUUGUAAAUUAUUUAAUGUUCAAACUUUGACGAAAUUCUUCAACUUGGAACAUAAUAUACUACAUACAUAACUUACUGAUUGUUGUAAAUUUUUAUUUAUUAUUUUUAUCAUUACUCAAGAGGUGCGAUGAGAAUGGUUUAGCAAAAGAUGUAACGUUAGUUCCAAUUAUGUAAAUAAAUGAUAAUUUUAAAUAUUAAA